AUGAAGGAAAAGGUAGAAAUCGAAAAGGUAUAUAGUCGUAAGAAAAAUGGAGUUGUACCCACAUUGAUGAAAUUCCAAAAUGGAAAAUUAUCCGCCUUCACAAAGGAAAAUACAAAUUUUACACGUUUAAGGUGUAAUGAAGAUAGUGCCAAGUUUGGUGCUUUAUUGGCGGCCAAUGGUAAUCUAUAUCAUGGAAUAAUUAACAAUAGCGAAGCUAAUGAACUGACCGAUACGUAUAUUUGUGUUCGGAAUAAGAAAACGAAUAAGAUGACUAUCAUACCCAUCGAUCAGGUUAACUUCAAAAAUACCAUCUACGGAGAAUUGGAUCAAAUCAAGAAGAGCGAUCUGUCGGAACAGGUUACAAAAAUGACACUAUUAAAGAAAUUCGGUGGUCGAAAAGCAUCACGUUACGUUAACGAUCAAGAACAAAUGCGAAUGGAUAUUGCUGUCGUUGAGGAUAGUUUGAAUCAAACAGUGAAUGAAUCAAUGCUGCUGGAUAACGAAGAAGAUGAAGUUGAUAAUACUAAAUAUUUCGAUAGUAUACGUCCACCAUGCAAUAAGGAUGCCGAUAAAGUUAGUGAUAUUUAUGAAAUGUCCGAUGUUAUCCCCAGCGAACUUAUGGAUCGUUUGGAAGAGGAGGCGAAAACGGUUUAUCAAACCAGUAUAGAUCAAAUACCAAUGACUUCGGAAUAUUUGAAACAACUAAUUGCUGAUAUACAACAAAGUACGAGCAGUGUUGAAAAUUUGCAACGUAUCAAAAUUAUUUUAUAUAUGGAUUGUUUGCUGAAUUUGAUCAAAUCACGUGUACGAUCAUUGAAGAAAGCAGAGCUUUCAAAAAUAUCCGAGAAAAUCGAGAAUAAUGUACGCGAUCGUUUUGCUGAUCCUAAUUCUAGUGUUAGUGGUUCCCGUACUGUUUUCUCUACGGAAAAGGCCCUGUGUCAUUUCAUAGUUAUGGCACUAUUAGUUAGUGGUAACUAUCAAACAGAUGCUGCUAUUUUGUCCCAGGAACUUAAUGCCCCACGUGCCAAAAUAAUGAAAUACGCUCACAUCGUAUAUGCAUUGCCCAAAUCACGUUCAUCAAUAUUAACUUUAAAAGCACCAAAGAAUGUUCCACCGCUGCCAACUAAAUUUUCCCGAAGAAAGAAGGAAUAA